AUGUCGUUACUUUUGUAUAGUGUNAUAUCACGUCCGGUUAGAGAAAAAGACAAAUCGAAGAAAUACGCUGAGAUUCGCGGAGAUUCAUCCGAUUCAGACGAUGAGAGUGAGGCACCGAGGGUAUCGAACGCGGCGAGUGAGCAGCAGGUGAAUUUGCCGGGGACACCGGGUUUCUAUGUCGACUGGUUGGUUGAUAUGCUGAGCGGUUAUAUUUUACGGGAAGUUGAGAUUGUACUACAGGAAACCACUGGA